AUGUUUCGUCUCCCGAUAGUGCGCGCGUUCUUCCGCGCAUCGCCCCAGUCGGCCACGGCUACUUCGCUCCUCCACUCUACCCGCAUCCCCUCUCACAUUCCUCGCUCCACACCUCUAAUCCGACAUCUUUCGUCAAGAACUCGUGGGACCUCUUCAACGGCCUUUCUGCCUUCGAGACUCCUUUCUCGUCAAUCGCAGUCCCGGCAUUUCUCUGAGUCCGCCCGCAGCCGUGCGAAAUAUAAUCGAUUCGAAGAACCGCAGUUUCCCAGACUUCAAGAUGGCGAGCAUUUGCAGUUCUGGCUCGUACUCAUUGCCGUCGGAGGAAGCUUCUAUGUCUAUAAUCUGGAGACUGUGGAGCUGACGGGCCGCACUCGAUUCAACUGCGUAUCCGACGACCUCGAGAAACAGAUGGGAGACCACGAAUAUCAUGCAAUCAUGAACACGGCUGAAGGCUUGAUUCUACCUCCGUGGCAUCAUAUCUCCCAAGAAGUAACCCGAGUCUUUGAGCGGCUGAUCGCUCAUACACCCGUACAAGAUACGAAAUGGGAGGUGCACGUUAUCAACGAUAUGUCGGAGCAGAACGCAUUCGUCCUUCCGAAUGGAAAGGUAUUCGUGUAUACUGGCAUAUUGCCGGUUUGCGGAAACGCUGAUGGUCUUGCGGCGGUACUGGGCCAUGAAAUCGCUCAUGUGCUGGCCCAUCACCAGGCUGAACGGAUGAGCCAUUCUAUUCCUAGUGUCAUUCUGACCUAUGGGCUGGUAUAUCUGCUUGGCAGUCUCGGACAUUUCGCGUCCCAGAUGUUGAAUUGGACUGUCAAUUUGCCGAACACGCGAGUGCAGGAGGCUGAGGCAGACAACAUCGGGCUGAUGCUGAUGGCCAAGGCUUGUUACAACCCUCGUGCCGUAGUUGACUUCUGGAACCACAUGCACAAGAGUGAAAGAGUUCGUGUGCCUGAGUUCAUGUCAACACAUCCAUCGCAUUUCAACCGCAUGCAAUCAAUGAGCGAAAGGCUAUACAAAGCCGAAUCCCUGUACGAAAACAGCGGAUGCCAUAUGGUCAGAGGCUACAUCCCUAAAUUCACCGACGCAAUCGACCACUACGCAGGUCCCCAGGAGAGAGCCCCCCCUAUCAGAGGCCAUCACCCGAGAGGUGGUCACCAUGGCAGAGGCCACCAUAUACAAAUCCAGCCUGAUGAUAGCUCUGACGGCGAAUACUUCUUCUGA